AAUAUUCCACCUUGUCACAUCCAAGAUGGCGUCGCUUCUCAAUGCUGACGGUGAACAUGUUCUUCUUUCUUGCACUUGUUCUGCUCUUUCUCCUCUCACUAGACUCUAUUUCUGCCGCCAUUGUAUUAAACUAAGGUGCCAGCUUUGCGUUUCACACGAGGUUGAUUCAUAUUACUGUCCAAAUUGCCUCGAAAAUAUGCCAUCAGCUGAAGCAAAACUCAAGAAAAACCGGUGUGCAAACUGUUUUGACUGUCCCAGCUGUGGAAACACUCUAUCAACACGCGCAACUGCUGUGGCUAUUCCUUCUGAAGACAAAAAGACACCACCUCAGGCAAAGAAAGUGUAUUAUCUUGCUUGUGGAUUUUGUAGGUGGUCUUCUAGAGAUGUUAAUAUGGAGGACCGGACUGUUGCAAGUGGUGGGUGGCCAGACCCUGAAAAUCCAUCUGCUAAACGGAUUGGAACCCUAGUUGACUUCUACAGGCAGCUUGCACAAAAAGAGAAAGUAGAGAGAGAAAAGAAGAAGUUAUCCAAGAGACGUAACUAUAUGCAUUUGGCUUUCACUCCAAAAAAGAAAAAGGAUAGAUUGGGCAUGUCCUCUCUGAGCAGGAGAAAAAGCAGUCUUUCUUAUCUAACUGCUCAUUUGGGUAAAGGCAAAGAGAUGGAAGAUGUUGAAAUAGUCUUAAAAGAACCAAGCAAAGCAACAGAAGAUGUUGAAACUCUUCCUGAGGAAUUCUACACUCUACCACUGUUUCUAGAAAGAGUUCCUCAUAUAUCACAAAGACUUGCCAACCCAGACCUCCAACCUACUGGCAUAAAAUCCCUGCACACAAGACACAAACAUCUGCUAGCCAAGAGAUCACAGCGAUGCAGGGAGUGUGAACACAACCUAAGCAAGCCUGAGUUCAAUCCUUCUUCCAUCAAGUUCAAGAUACAGCUUGGAUCUGCUUAUUAUGUGCCAAGACUAAGAAUAGCGCAAGUCCCGAGCCUUUUUUAUAACCAGGAGGCACAGAUCACUCUAUCGAUGACCAAUCCAGUAGAGAGCAUUGUUAAAGUCACUCUUCACUCAUAUGAAAAGGAUGAUGAUGAAGACGAUGAAAAUAAGAAAAAUGAAGACAGCAAAGAAAAUUCAGAGAACGAGAAAAACAACGAAAAAAAAGGAGAGGAAAUUAAGAAUGAAAAAAAUGAGAAGAUUGAAGAGAAUUCUGUCAAGGAAGAAAAAGAUGAGCCAACUGAAGAAAAGAAGGGAAACGACGGCAAGGAAAAUAAAAGCAAUGCUGAUGAAGAAAAAGGAGCCAGUGAAACAGCGGAACAAGAGAAAGACGCGAAGAAUAAAAGGAAAACAGAUAGCCUUGUUUCAUCUGCUUUGUUUGAUAGGAAGACAGAACGACGUGUGGACAAUCGCUGUGAGAGUAGAGCGUUUGUUCCUACUGCAGAGGUUGUGUUACCAACAUGUGCUCUAGCUCUGGGAGCACGUGAUGAGGCUGCUGAGUUCGAUGACUCUGAUACUACUGCAGAACUGUUCAGUGAUGACCCGAGAGUGGUUGCUGAUAGGCAGGCCAACAAACUAUGGUUCUAUGUUAAGGUUACGCCCAAGAAACCAGUAGGGGAUGUGAAGUUUUCUAUGAUAAUGCAGUAUGACUACAAGCAUACCACAUCAACAUUGAUCAAGGGUGGACAGGAACCGGAAACAAGAAUCGAGACUCAACGACACAAGAUUCACAUUAAUCUAGGCCCUGUUGAAGGAGCUACAGACGUCUAAAAACCUUUAAUUUCUUUGUUUCGAACCUAGUAAAGUGGUUUAGACCUAUUCAGGGGUCUCUUUUAGGAUCUUGUCUGGUGUCUGCUGAAUAGAAGUUGAUUUUAUAGUAAAUUCCAUUGGGUGACAAGGGAAUUCUAGACUCCCCUGCAGCCGUUCUUAGUGUCGUCACGCAACGUUCCCUUGCGUGACGACACUAAAAACGUCUAUGGGGGAGACUAAGGGAAUUUCACGUUGAAUUUCACAAGAAAACCGAUAUCGCACGAAUCACGAAGCGAUUAGUGCGAUAUCGCGGGUUUUUCGAGUGAAAUUCUAUUGAAUUACCGAGUCAGAUAAUGAAUUUUAGUUGAAUCCCAUGGCGAAAAGAUUAAAAAAUAGACUCAUUUACGCGAGUACCUCUAUUUUAAUAGAGGUACUCGCUUAAAAGCUGACACCUUCAGAACAUUGCCUGGUGUUUGCCUUGUUAUUCACGCGGCGGUAGCCAUGUUGAUUUAAACAAAAGGUUGUGCACGCAUGGCCUCGCAUUCAAGUGCUUGAAAAUAGAUUUAUGCGGGUGAAACAAAGGCUUUUUAUCUCAUGAGAACAAACAUUGCCACCCACCGUCGUAAGACACUAGAGAGUUUAAGAUUAUCGUUUAGGGCAAAUGUGAAACGUCAGUUGACCAUUAAAAAAGGAAUCGAAAAAAUCUCCAAGUAGUAGAUAAACAAAAGAAUACUUGUCUUUGCCGAGAAGGUUUGCAGUUUGCAAAUUUAAGAGUUCUAGUUAGAGAUAAUGUUAUUUAUUGUCUAUAAAUGCAUAAUUAUAGUAUUAGUAAAAGGGUUACACCUGUAAAUUGAAA